AUGGAAAUCGAUAAACCCAAUUGCCAGACUGUGCCCGGACUCCCGCAGAAGAAAUUCUAUAGGCAAAGAGCGCACUCGAACCCGCACUCCGAUCACGAUAUCGAAUACCCGGUUUCUCCGGAAUUUAUGGAUUGGGAAAAGUUGUAUGGGGAUUAUUAUGCGAAGAAUAGCAGAAAAGUCGAAUUCGCCGAUGUUGGUUGUGGUUAUGGCGGUUUGCUAAUGCGAUUAUCCCCAUUAUUCCCCGAUGUUUUGAUGGUUGGAAUGGAAAUUCGUGUAAAAGUGUCGGAUUUUGUGCAAGAGAAGGUGAAGGCUCUUCGAAAACAUCACGAAAAAGAGGGAUUGUAUAGGAAUAUUGGAUGUUUGCGGUCGAAUGCGAUGAAAUAUAUGCCGAAUUAUUUUCACAAACAUCAGCUGUCUAAAAUGUUCUUUUUGUUUCCGGAUCCACAUUUUAAAAAUAAGAAACAUAAAUGGCGAAUUAUCACACCAACAUUACUCUCGGAAUAUGCUUAUGUCUUGAGACCAGGGGGUAAGUAGCACUACUAGCGUUAAAUUGAAGAUCACUUAGCCUAAAUGAUCUCUUAUCAAUUUUUGUUAUCAAUACCCUCGUGGUUGGUAUCUUUUCCUUCAUUUUUGAAGAAACUGAUGACAAAAAGUUUUUUUUCCAAUGAAAAAUUUCUAGGCAACGUUUUGUUUGUUUUCUGCAGCUCUAUUGAUUUUCCAAAUUUUUUCUAUGAGAAAAAACCAGUUUUCCCCAAGAAAAAUUCAAAAUUUUGCAGGCCUCAUCUACACGAUCACCGAUGUCAAAGAUUUGCAUGAUUGGAUGGUGAAACAUCUCACCGAACAUCCGCUUUUCCAAAGGCUAACCGAUGAAGAAUUGGCAGCUGAUCAAGUUGUUGGAUUGUUGUAUGAGAGCACGGAAGAAGGGCAGAAGGUGACGAGAAAUGAGGGGGAAAAAUGGCCGGCGGUUUUUCGAAGACUUGAUGAUCCUGUGGAAUAA